CCCUGUUUUACAUGUUAUUUCGUAAGAAAGAGAGAACUCAAGCCUCUCUAGAAAUCAACUGAUAAACGACACGAGACGUGUUUCUAUACUUUCUUAUUAGUAAGAAUAAUUAGCAGCCAAUGUGGCAAACCUAAACACCGAAGCAGAUAUACGAGGGCCAAGUAUGAGUUCUGGCUUAAUUCUUGCAGGCCUUGGAUUGGCAGCAGUAGGGUUUGCAGGUCGCUAUGCGAGUCGUCAUGCUAAAACAAUGGGCCAAACACUAAAGAAACAAAUGGAUUCAAUUCCUAGUGGGUCCUUUAGUAAAUAUUACAAAGGUGGUUUCGAACCCAAGAUGUCUAAACGGGAGGCUGGCCUAGUUCUUGGAGUCAGUCCAAGCAGUAGUCCAGCUAAAAUGAAGGAAGCUCACAAGCGAAUAAUGUUAUUGAACCACCCAGACAGAGGUGGUUCACCAUAUUUAGCUGCCAAAAUUAAUGAAGCAAAAGACCUUUUAGAGAAGAAAACAAUGUCAUGACAAUAUACAAGAAAAUGAUGCUAUGAAUAUAGACAAAAAACCUGUAGUGAUAAUAGACAAUAAAACCUGGUCAUGAUAACAGACAUUAAAACCCUGUCAUGAUAAUAGACAAUAUGCCAUCAUGCCAUGAAUAUAGACAAGGAAAAAAUAUUAUGAUAAAAGACAGUGGAACCAUGUCAUUAUAAUAGACUAUGAUGACACAGUGGCCAUGUUGUAUCAGCUCUAAAGAGAAGGAACUUUUCUGAGACUCUUGGCACUAGUUUAUAUACUGUUAACUCAUUUAAGAUGAACAUUCAGAUAUAAUCACAGUCCAAAUGGAGAUUCAUGAUACAUGACUUAAGUGGAUGUCUGGAUGAUGUCAUUUUAUGGCCGAUUUUCAAUUCAGUUCAAUUUAUUUCAUAUUUUAGAUUAAAAUUAGAAUAAAAUUAGAAAAACUUGGGUUUAUUUAAAUACUUCAAAGAAAAUAGCAGUAAAGAAUGGCAUGAAGAAGGAUAUGUUGGAAAAAAUAGAGUGAAUGAGAAUUAAUAACAAAUAUGUAACAUGUAAAUGAUGCAAUAAAUGUAAAAAAUGUAUAGUUUAUAACAUUUGACCCUUUAGUGUUCUGCGCCGUGCCUCUCUUCACAAAAUCUAGCACUGGUAACUAGCAAC